CGAGUGCAAAAUCCACAUAGAUAGAUGAAUGCAGGUGAGAGAUGACACGCUCAGCUGCACGCGCUGAGCGCAAAAGCUGCUGAGAUUUAAACGCGCGCGCACAGUCACGACUGACAGACACUUUAAAGACAUGCGACACACGCGCAACUUUAUUCAAUAAACUUCAUCUGUGGAGCAUCGCAACAAUGAAAAAACUCACUCCGUUCAAUAACUUUUCCAAGUUCAAGUCAAAGUCGUGUGAUAAUGGGGAGGAAGUUUGUAUGGACGACUGUGGACCUGUGUGUCGCUGCGGCCCGGAGCCUUGCGCUUGUCCGUUCACACAAAACACUCAAGAUGGAUUUAAGGAAAAUAAGAAAUCAAGACUCAUCAGACCAGACAACAUUUUUCCAGUCUUCAACUGUCCAAUUUUGGAGAAUAGAGGUCCAUGUGAGGCCUGGACACCUCAGCAACAUGCUUUUGAUAAUCUUGCUUAUGAACAAGGGAGUCCCAACGAAUUGAAGCCCGGUUUGGGACACCUUUCCCGUGUCACUCUUCACAUCACAGGCCUGACCUCCACUAACUCUGUCCAGGUUCUUUACGCAAAAAUCUCAUGUCUCAAUGGUGUAGAAGCUGUAUCAAUACAGUCUGAAGACCUUUUCACCAUCGCCUUCAACCCGUCUGAUAUUAACUCUAGGAAAAUUCUCCAAGAGGUCCACAUGUUGGGGUAUGGAGUGCGGGAAGUGGCGACCCAACCUGUGAAGAUGGUGGUCAAGGAGAGUGAGGUGAGGAUGAAGGUACAGGGAAUGACCUGUCAAUCAUGUGUCAGAUCUAUUGAAGGACGGAUUGGAACUCUUCAAGGUGUUAUUGGCGUCAAGGUGUCUUUAAGUGAUAAAGAAGUUUCUGUGAGGUUUAACCCUGCAGAGUUGACAUCUGAGAUUUUGAGGGAAAACAUUGAGGACAUGGGGUUUGAUGCCACAAUUCUACACGGUUCUAGUCAACUACAGCCUUCAGGAACAGGGGCCUGCGCUGCUGGGAUCUCGGAUUGGUCGGAGGUGACACUGGGUGUCGAAGGGAUGCAUUGUGGAUCAUGUGUUAAGAACAUAACUACGACUUUGUCGGGAAUGUUAGGGGUCAACUCUGUAUUUGUGUCAUUGGAAAAGGGAAGCGUGGAUCUUAGAUUUGACCCAUCUCUGCUAACUCUGGAUACCGUUAAAGGCUUGUUGGAGGAAAUACCACCGGGAAAUUUCAGGGUUUCUAUUCCUGGUUGGAAUUGUGAAUCCAGGUCUAAUUUCUCGGUUAGUGUCCAAACACAGAGUGUCGUCAUUGGAAUAGGAGGAAUGACAUGCAGCUCUUGUGUUCAGGCCAUUGAGGGAAGGAUGUCGAAGAUAGCUGGAGUACAUUCCAUAAAAGUUGACUUACAGGAAAAGAAGGGAAUUAUAACAUUUGACCCAAGCAUGACCUGUUCAGAAGACUUACGGGAAGCAGUUGAGGACAUGGGAUUUGAAGCAUGCCUGCAACAAGAUUCAUCAAACAGGCUGAAAUCGUCACAUUUCACCAGCGCAGAAAAUUCCAGUUGCUCUGAGGUGAGGGAAACACAUAAAUGUUUUAUCCAUGUGACAGGCAUGACCUGUGCUUCUUGUGUGGGCAACAUCGAAAGAAACCUGCUGAAACAUGAAGGUAUUAAAUCAGUAUUGGUUGCCCUGAUGGCUGGUAAGGCAGAGGUGAGAUAUGAUCCGGGAAUUUCGGACCCAUCACGGAUUGCACAGCUUAUCUCUGACCUGGGUUUCGGAGCGUCUGUGAUGGAAGAGAACACAGGCCAGGAUGGGAUCUUGGAUCUUUCUGUCACCGGUAUGACAUGUGCUUCCUGCGUCCAUAACAUCCAAAGCAAACUUUUGAGGACAGAGGGAAUUUUGGAAGCCUCCGUUGCCUUGGCAACAAACAAAGCUCAUGUGAAGUUUGACCCAGAUUUAGUAGGCUCUCGAGAUAUCAUCAGGAUCAUUGAGGGUUUAGGUUUUGGAGUGUCUUUGAUAAAAAACAACGGAUUUGGGAAGGACAACAAGUUGGACCACCAAGAGGAGAUUCGACAGUGGAAGCAUUCGUUUCUGUUCAGUCUGGUGUUUGGGAUUCCAGUUAUGGGUCUGAUGAUCUACAUGAUGGUGAUGGACAGUCAACACAAGGAACAUGGUGGCUCCAUGCCUGUGGAUCAAAACAUCCUGCCUGGUCUCUCCAUCAUUAACUUGGCUUUCUUUCUGCUCUGCACACCUGUUCAGUUUCUAGGUGGUCGUUACUUCUACAUACAAGCUUAUCGUUCGUUACGGCACGGCGUUGCCAACAUGGAUGUGUUAAUUGUGCUGGCAACCACCAUUGCGUAUGUUUACUCCUGCAUAGUGCUCAUUGUAGCCAUGAUCGAAGAAGCCAAACAGAGCCCCCUCACUUUUUUUGAUACGCCUCCGAUGCUUUUUGUAUUCAUCGCUCUGGGACGCUGGUUGGAGCAUGUUGCUAAGAGUAAAACUUCUGAAGCUCUGGCAAAGCUCAUGUCUCUCCAAGCUACAGAUGCCACUAUAGUGUCCCUGGGCCCUGACAACACAAUUAUCAGAGAGGAGCAGGUGUCUGUGGAGCUGGUGCAGAGGGGUGACGUGGUAAAGGUGGCACCAGGAGGAAAGUUCCCAGUCGACGGGAAGGUGAUUGAAGGCACGUCCAUGGCAGAUGAGUCUCUUAUAACUGGUGAGCCAAUGCCAGUGAUUAAGAAAGCAGGCAGCUAUGUGAUCGCUGGCUCUAUUAAUGCUCAUGGUGCUUUGCUGGUGGAGGCCACGCAUGUGGGUGCAGAGACAACACUUUGCCAAAUAGUUAAACUAGUUGAAGAGGCCCAGACAUCAAAGGCACCAAUUCAGCAGUUAGCCGAUAAACUGAGUGGCUAUUUCGUUCCCUUCAUAGUUGUCAUCUCUGUGCUUACAGUGGUGGCGUGGCUUAUCAUAGGUUUUGUGGACUUUGAGAUAGUGGCAAAAUAUUUUCCUGGUUACGACCCCAACAUCUCCAGAACAGACGUGAUCGUCCGGUUUGCCUUUCAAGCCUCCAUCACUGUCCUGUCCAUCGCGUGUCCCUGUUCUCUGGGUCUAGCGACUCCGACUGCAGUUAUGGUUGGCACUGGCGUGGGCGCCCAGAAUGGCAUUCUUAUAAAGGGAGGAGAACCUCUUGAAAUGGCCCACAAGGUUCGGGCUGUUAUGUUUGAUAAGACAGGCACCAUCACUAAUGGGGUGCCGCAGGUGACAAGAGUGCUGGUGUUGUGGGACCGAGCAAGGCUUCCUCUCCGGAUGGUUCUGGCUGUGGUGGGGACCGCGGAGGCGAGCAGUGAACACCCGUUGGGCAUGUCUGUCACCAAGUACUGCAAGGAGGAGUUGGGCUCAGAAACCCUGGGCUACUGUCAGGACUUCCAGGCAGUUCCUGGCUGUGGAAUCAGUUGUAAAGUCUCCAACAUAGAGGAUCUGCUGCAGAACAGCCCAAAGACACAUCAUACCCCUAAAGCAAAACACACAGCACAUCUAUUCACCCUCCAAGGAGCCACUACAGAUGAGAGCAGCCUGGUGGCAGAUACACAGUCUGGGUCAGACAGCCCCUCAUACUCAGUUUUGAUCGGGAACAGACAGUGGAUGAUGAGAAAUGGUUUGGAGGUCACAGCUGAUGUGGAUGAUGCCAUGAGCAGUCAUGAGACUAAAGGACAGACAGCUAUCCUGGUGGCCAUCGAUGGAGUCCUGUGUGCUAUGUUAGCCAUCGCGGAUACAGUGAAGGCAGAGUCGGCUCUGGCUGUUCGUACCCUGAGCAGUAUGGGAAUAGAGGUCUUCAUGAUCACAGGAGACAAUAGACGCACUGCCCGGGCCAUUGCCACACAGGUGGGUAUCAAGAGGGUGUUUGCAGAGGUCUUGCCUUCACAUAAAGUAGCAAAGGUUCAAGAGCUGCAGGAAAGAGGUCUAAAAGUCGCAAUGGUUGGUGACGGGGUCAACGACUCGCCUGCCCUCGCUCGUGCCGAUCUGGGCAUCGCCAUAGGAACAGGCACUGAUGUUGCUAUAGAGGCAGCAGAUAUCGUUUUAAUACGGAAUGAUUUGUUGGACGUUGUGGCCAGCAUUGAGCUGUCUAAAAAGACCGUGCAGAGAAUCAGGAUAAACUUUGUGUUUGCUCUCAUUUACAACCUAAUUGGCAUCCCUAUUGCAGCAGGUGUCUUUAUGCCUGUUGGACUGGUGCUACAGCCCUGGAUGGGUUCUGCUGCAAUGGCAGCAUCAUCUGUCUCAGUGGUGCUCUCCUCUCUGCUGCUGAGACUCUACAAGAAGACAUCAGUAGAUGAAUAUGAGUCGAGAGUUCAGGGUCAUAAACUCAGUCUGAAUCCGUCUGAGGUCAGCACCCACGUGGGAAUGGAAACCCAUCGCUGCAGCCCUCUAUCUUUUGACCAGGGCUGGGAUAGACGUAGGCGGAGCUAUUCUAGCUCAGAGUCCUCCUCUCUUAACACAAACUCCUCCCACCUACCUACAGGACAGUACUCUCAACUAGACCAUAAUGUGUCAAAGCGGAACUUCAUCGUAUAGACCAGGAAUAUACAGUAUGGCCAGGUUGAAUACAACUUUUAGGUGACUCAUAUUUUCCCAGAUGCAUUUAAAAGCUUUUAAGUAAAUUUUGCUGAGGUGUUCAGCAUCUGCUUUCCUUCGAUUGACCUUCUGGCUCUCUGGGUCAUCACUGCAGUGCAUCCGUCAUUAAUAAAGCAUGGAUACAGAGAUGUUCUCAAUCCAGAUACUGCAGGAUGUCUCUUUCUAGGUCAAGGAAACCCAAGACACUGAAGUCCUCUUCUCUUGUGAUCGAUGUACAUUUUCUUCUCUGACGUUUAGGCUCCUUUUGGAUCUAAACUGUAAAAAAAAGAAGAUUUUAAUCUUGUAUCUAACUAUAACAUGUAGCAAAUACAUUUACAUAUGCUAAAGCCACAUCACAUGACCAUCUUUAUUUGGCACCUUGCAUUUCUUUGAUUUGUCCAGUUGCAUCUUAAAGAUAAGAAUAAAAUUUAAACAAAUAUACACUAAAUAAACUGUAUACUUGUAUAAAUUAAUUGAUAUUAGACUUAAUUUGUAAAAAUAAAUUCAUUAAAUGUGACCCUACAGUAUCAAUCAUUGAUUUCAAUCUUUGACAUGACUUUACACUGCAAAAAAUGAUUUUCAAGAAAAAAAAUUCUUAGUAUUUUUGUAUUGUUUUCAGUAAAAAUAUCUAAAAAUUCUUAAAUUAAGAUGCUUUUUCUUGAUGAGCAAAACGACCCAAGAAAAUAAGUCUAGUUUUUAGACGAAAUUGGCAGAUUUUUUUUGCUUGUUUUAUGCACAAAAUCACUUAAAUUUGAUAUUUUUGGUCUAAAAACUAGACUUAU